GCCCGCGCGGGCCCUGGCCUGUCGCAGUUGCACCUCGGAGCCUGGCCCCGAGAGGUCCCGGCGGUGGAGGGACCGCUGGGGUCUCCCCUCUGGGAGAUGCUUGAAACCCGUAGAGGCUGAAGCCCCGGGGCAGCGGGCUGAGAAAGCCCAUGUCGAGAGGGAGGGGCAGCUGCUGACCGUGUGGGAAUUGAAGGGGCCCGGGGCUUGAGACGGGAUCCGGACGGGGCCGGCCUCCGGCUGGUGGUCAGCCACCGUCAUUCGGCGACAGCGCUCGGGCAGCAGAGCACUGUGUCUUUGAUAGAGUUGGGCGUCGAUCGUAGGACAUGGACAGUGCUCUGGGUCCCUGUUUUACAAGUGAGAACACUUCUGUGGGUAAAGCUUGUGCUGUCUCUCAGGUGUCCGUGCACCACGUGUUGUCGAAAAGCGAUGAGAGAGUAAACCACCCUGAGAGGAUCGUGGUGGGGACGAGAUGACAACACUCGGUGCAGCAAGUGGCAGCCAGGUGGUGGCGGACAGAGAAGGGUGACUUGUGUCCUUUGGCCCUUCUCACCCACUCGCUCUCUCCCCAGCUGAGCCAGGAGCCAAUGGCCAAGGACAAAGUCAAGCCCUUUGAGCUGGACCAAGAGAAAUACGAUGCUGAUGACAACGUGAAGAUCAUCUGCCUGGGGGACAGCGCCGUGGGCAAGUCCAAACUCGUGGAGAGAUUUCUCAUGGAUGGGUUUCAGCCCCAGCAGCUGUCCACGUACGCCCUGACCCUCUACAAGCACACAGCCACGGUGGACGGCAAGACCGUGCUUGUGGACUUUUGGGACACAGCAGGCCAGGAGCGGUUCCAGAGUAUGCACGCCUCCUACUACCACAAGGCCCACGCCUGCAUCAUGGUGUUUGACGUGCAGAGGAAAGUUACCUACAAGAACCUGGGCACCUGGUACACAGAGCUUCGGGAGUUCAGGCCGGAGAUCCCGUGCGUCGUGGUGGCCAACAAAAUAGAUGCAGACAUAAAGAUGACCCAAAAAAGCUUCAAUUUUGCAAGAAAGUUCUCCCUACCCCUGUACUUUGUCUCAGCUGCUGACGGCACCAACGUUGUGAAGCUCUUCAACGACGCGAUUCGAUUAGCUGUGUCUUACAAGCAGAAUUCCCAGGACUUCAUGGAUGAGGUUUUGCAGGAGCUUGAGAAUAUUGAUUUGGAGCAGAAGGAGGAGGACCUGCCAGACCAAGAGCAGCGUGGCAGUACCAAGAGCCCACCUCCCUCCUGAGCCCAAGGAGGCGGCCUCCCCUCCCUUCACAGCCCAGCUCUGAACUGAGAAACUUUUGUGGCCCUUGACACCCAGCCCCUCUGCAGCCGACCCUCUUGUACUUAAGGACAGGAGUGGGUCAGCACCAGCAGGCUCCCUGACACACGAGAGCUCUGUCCACACCAGACCCCAACGCAGGAUUGAGUACCAGUCCCCCUCCCCGGGUCAGACGGUGAAGAGAAUCGGGGAACCUGCUUGCAUCUCUCUUAAAUAAAAUGAAGUGUAGAUUGUUUUUUGUCUCCUAGAACAGACCUCAGGGUCUGUUUGUUGCAUGUCCACCAAGGGCAUGAUUUUCCACCCUGACACCCCCAUUCCCAUCCCUGCAGAAUCUGAGGGCUCCUUUUUUGCCUUCAGUCUCCCAACCAAUUUUUUUAAGGAAUUGUUUUAAGCAGACAGCUACUCAUUCCACAGGUGUUUCAGAAGCUCUUGUAGGUCCAGCCAGUACGUUGGUGAAUAGUGAGACCAGGGUUGCAGGCAUACGUGCGCCAUUACAUUCCAGUGAGCAAGUACAGGUGUGCCACACUUGGUGGUGCACAGAUGUCGCUGGUGAACAUGAAGGGCCAGUGCAGCCUCCGUGAGCAUGUCACACCUGUUUGCAUAAGACACACUGUGAGAGGAGCUUCCUUUAAAAGCCUGGCUUCAGCGUGAUGCGUUCCUAUUACGAGCACCUGUGUGGGCGUGGUGCCCGGCGGCAAGGGUGCUGAGAGUCCACUUCUCCAGCACCUGUGGCUCGCGUGUGUUUUAAUGAUAAUCUUGUAUGUCAUUUCCACUGUAUUUUUUCUACUUUCUUUUUACAGUAAAGGUUGAAUCACAUAAACAUUGA